AGCCUCUUGCUUUCGCCUUUUACUGAACGUGUCUGAAAAAACAAAAAAUAUAGCAAGCCAUUCAGUGAAAAGGUCGUGCCUAGCGCGAGCGCUUUGCCGUCGCUUUGUGUUGCUCUUAUUAAAGAGGCGAAGUGUAACAGCAUUGCGUUUUGUGCGUCUUUCGCCAUUUUCCUAUUGCUUUUCUCUCUCUCUCUUGUUUCUCCUGAAAUCAACAACACGUGUUUUGCUUCUUAUUUCCAUUUACGCUGGCUGAUUUUAUGUGCCCGCUUUAUUUUCUUGUCUUUUUCAAAAUUUCUUGUGCGGAGGCGCUAUCAGUGAUUUAAUCGCAGGAAAAAAAGAAGGAGAAAGGAAAAUAACGCUGCAAACCUUUUUUACAAAUCGCAUCAACUUGUUUCUUUGCAGCUGAGAUUGACCGUCGUUGAUCACGUCGUAUUCGGUGUGCGAAGCACACACACACACACACACAACUCUUCUCGUUGUCGUACCCGAUUCUAGGUGGUCCGCUAGCGUGCUGUGGCGAUCUCUCUCUGUUCCUUUUUUCUUCCUUUUUUUUUCUACGUUCUCAUUUUCGCUACUUUGUUUUAUUUUGUAGUAUUGAAUUCGUACUUCGCUCUUCUUUCUUUUAAAGUCGUUCUCUUCCGUUCUCUUUACUUUCUGCACCUUUUUUUAAUGUUUCGUUUGUACUUGUACUACUGUUUUUGAAUUAGGCGCUACUGUACAUUAUCACUUACUUUGUUUUCUUCGCUUCUGUUUUCUUUUUCUUCCCGCUUGUCCGUCCCCCCCCCUCUCUUUGGUAUCUUUCUUGUGGUGACUCCUCUUACGUACCACUGUGUUGCAGAACUCGCACGUUAGAGCAGAGAUAUUGCAGAUGCUAGAGCAGCAAAGGCGCACUCCCGCUUUCUUUCCUUGUUAUACUUUCAUAUCCUUUUUUUUCUCUAGACCUCUCAGCAUCGCUGCUUGUCGUGUUCAGAGUCGAGCUGUUCGUGUUCCGCGCUGACCGCCAAACACGCUCUUUCGUCGUGUAUUUGUGUUUUCGCAUACCAGUACGACAGCACCCAUCGGCCCCCACGCACCCACACAUAGAGAAAUGCGUGCGCACACCUCCUCACAUCCCCAUCGGUACGACGCUGACUCGCAUUCCGUCACGUCGUACCUCGAUCCGGGCUGGCGGUGGAAUCGUGGGACGACGACGUCCCUCCGCAGUUCUCCCAUCGAGCCCCGCGGGCGUCCCCCAACCACGUUUGAGAAUUUUGUGUCGCCCCCACCAGAGGACCUGGCCGCCGACGCGGCGGGGGACGUCGUCGAGUCGACCUCGUUGCGCUACCGCACCACGGCAGCUGCCUACGGCUCUCAGGCGUCGUACGUGCCAACACCGAAGCCCCUCUCACCACCACCACUCCUCUCCGGCCAAAUCCGUUCCUCGAGCUACGCGGCCGACGGAAAGGACAGUGGGAGCCGGUGGGACGGCAGCCGAUACGCGACGUGUGACGCUCGGCGGUCCAGUCUGGGUUACACCUCGCCUCUCACGGCGCCACCAACCCCGACCGCGGCAGCAGCAGGGCCUUCCGCCGCAGGGGCGUUGGGGAGGAGGGGCUCUACGGCGGUCGAGGACGUCGCCCGCCACCGCAGCUUGAGUCGUUUCGCAGAGCGCAGCGGUGCCCUUCGCACCACCGCGCCUCUUCCUCUGCGGCUCAGCGGCGCAGCAGGGGCGGGCGCUCCUCGACGCACCAAGCCAACAGACAGCACCGGCCCGCUGCCUGUUGCCUCCGCUACACCACCUCCACCGUCUUCUUAUCUCAUCCCGCCACCGCAACCACAAGACGUAGGGAAGCUGGUGGUGGUGUUGGACCUGGACGAGACGCUUGUUUACAGCCGCGACACCACCUUGUACGAGCGUCCAGGAGUGAGCCAGUUGCUCAAAACGCUGAAAGGCAAGUGCGAGUUAAUUGUCUGGACGGCCGGGACGCGGGAGUACGCGCUGGACGUGAUUCGCGUCAUCGACACAGUGUGCGCGGUGCAGCACUGCAUCUACCGUCACCCAAUGUGGUGGUCCGGCGACGCCGGCUGCACGAAGGACUUACGCAUGCUGGGCCGUCCAAUGGACCGGGUAAUUCUUGUAGACAACACGCCGAGCGUGUUUAGUGCGAACCCGCGCAACUCGCUCCUGGUGUCGGACUUUAUUGUGCCGUUUCCUCGCUCAUACAACGCGCAGGAGAAGGUGUUGCCCACCCUCACCGACAUCUUCGAUCACGUUUUCCGCCGCUUCACGCAACCGUGCCUGACAGACGUCCUCGCAAGUCGACGGAUUACGCGCCAGAAUGUCUAUCUAGAGCGCGGAGACGCGAUUGAGCUGAACGUGCUGGCGGUGCGAAGAACUGUCGAGACAGGCUGGGCAACGUCGGCGCGGAUUUUCCGCUCGCGGUACACAACGUAG